CUGCAGAGUUCUUAUGACGAGUCAGAAACGGCGGCUCACACGCUGCACGACGAGCUCCUGCAACCGAACUCACGGCAGCUCGAGGAGACUUUCAGGACGAGGGAGAAGACAAUACAUAAGGACUGCAUGACAUCACUCUGACAUCACGCUGAUGCCAUGAUGACCUCGUACACCCGAGGCGCGCCCACAGUGUUCUUCAUAAGCGCUGUGUGCAUGUUGGCACGGGCGGGCGACUGGGAGCCGAGCGGUGGUCGAGUGCCCUUCAAAGGAGGGCGCUACUCUGGGCACCCCAUGCUCUACUUUGGACGGGAGGCGGUGCCCGAGCUGCAGGGGGCGGCGCUAAGCACUCACGCUGAGCUGGCUCAGCAGGUAUGGCGUGCAGGAGAGGACAUGCUCGCAAACCCCGCCCAGUUCCUCCCACCGCGAGACCCUAAGGAGUUUUCCGCCCGCUGGAACGAAAUCUAUGGGAACAACCUGGGUGUGUUGGCGCUGUUCUGUCUUCUUUACCCAGAACGCACCGGGGCGCUCGGCCUGGCCCGCGAGUAUAUGGACCGGAUGGCUGCUCAGCCCAGCUGGCUGGUGAAGGAUGCUCCGUGGGACGAGGUCCCCAUGGCACACUCUCUAGUGGGCUUCGCGACAGCGUACGAUUUCCUGUACGAGUUCCUGAGUGAGGCGGAGCAGGAGCGGUACCUGCAGGUGCUGGGCGACGCCUCCCUCUACAUGUACGACAAAUCGCUGCAGAGGGGGUGGGGCUUCCAGUUCCUCCACAACCACCAACCCACCAACUGUGUCGCCCUGCUGACCGCCUCGCUCGUCCUACUGAACCAGGGCUGCGUGCAGGAGGCCUACGUGUUCAUUCGGCAGGUGAUGCUGAUCAUGGAGAAGGCUCUAGUUCUGCUGCGCUCGGUGGUCGACGGUUCUCUGUCUGAAGGCGUGGCCUACGGAACCUACAGCACACGCUCCCUGUUCCAGUACAUCUUCCUGCUGCAGAGACACUUCAACGUCUCACACUUCACACACCCCUGGCUCCUCAAGCAUUACGACUUCCUCUACAGAACGCUGCUGCCAGGGUUCCAGAGGAACGUCGCCAUCGCCGACUCCAACUACAACUGGUUCUACGGUCCGGAGAGUCAACUGGUGUUCCUCGAUCGCUACGUCCUGAGGAACGGACACGCUAACUUCCUGGCAGAAGAGAUCCGCCGCCGCCGCGUACAGGAGGGACCGGGACAGCCAUCGCGCGCACAGAAGUGGUGUACACUACACACCGAGCUUAUCUGGUACGAUGCUGGUCUCAAAGCCACGCCCCCCGCGGAUUUCGGAACACCGCGCCUGCACUAUUUUGAGGAUUGGGGUGUGGUGACGUACGGAGGUGGUCUGCCCGCAGAGACGAAUCAUUCCUUCCUGUCGUUUAAGUCGGGGAAAUUGGGCGGUCGCACCAUCUUCGACAUCGUGCAUCAGCGGCGCUACAGCGACUGGAUCAAGGGCUGGAAGAACUUCAACUCUGGACACGAGCAUCCCGACCAGAACUCCUUCACCUUCGCACCCAGAGGUUUCCCCUUCAUCACAGAGGCGUUAUACGGGCCCAAGUACACACUCCUGAACAACGCCGUCCUGUUCGCGCCCUCCGCCGACGGCGCCUGCUUCUCCCCCUGGGAAGGUCAGGUGACCGAGGCAUGUGACUCCAAGUGGUCAAAGUACAAGACGGGCCCGGCCGCAGACUGUGAAGGUCGCGUGGAGGCGGCGCUGGAGCGUCAAGGGGUCGUGUUUAUCCGCGGCGAGGGAAGGGCAGCGUACAGUCCGUCGCUGAGGAUAAAGAACCUCCAGAGGAACCUUGUGCUUCUGCAGCCCGACCUCCUGUUGCUUCUGGACCACGUCCACCUGGACUCCGAAAGCCCCGCCCACAGCAUCAGCGCCUUUUUCCACAACAUAGACCUCCCCUUCCAGCGCACCGUUGCCGAAGACGGCGUCCACGGCGCCUCCGUCCAGCACGGGCAGGACGCGUACACCAUGCUGUGGAGGGACGACACGGGCUACAGCGGGAAGGCGGACACGGCGUACUGGGGCUACCCACAAGGCUACCCCUACAACGGCACUCACUACGUUAACGUUACUAUGCCGCUACGCUUCCCGCACACGCGUAUCGCGUACGUGUUCUUCGGCCCAGACGUGGACGUCCUCGGCCUCAGUCUGCGUGGAGACUCAGAGAGGGUGGACGUCCAGCUGAGCACGAGAGACCACACCUUCACUGUCCACAUCCUGACCUCGGAGAACCCCAGCAAACCCCUGUUCGCCAUGGUGCUGAAGGACCAGGCCGAGAAGGUGGUGUUUGAGCGUGCGGCGGCGGUGCGGGAGCGCCCCCUGUUGGAGGUGCCGGACUACAACAAGGAGGUGGAUCGAAACAUCCGGCAGAUCAAACCCGUGUUCCAGCAGCUGCAGCGGCGCGGUAAGACGCGCCUAAUCAACGCCGAGGGAUUCCGAAAGAUCGCAGAACGGCUGAAGAAGACCUCGGAGAAGAGGAGGAGGGUGCAGAAGAAGGUGGCAGAAGCCGUGGAGAACAUGUUCUCAUCCAAUCAUAAACUGGAGAAGGUGAAGGCACUGAAGAAAGUCACUAAAAUUCGUGUGAAUGAGUCUGCAGAGAAGGAGCAGCGGCAGAGGGGGGGGGCGUCGAGGCCGGAGAGCAGCACAGACGGCGGUGACGUCCCCCGGGGCAGAAAGGACGCCGGAGCGUUUGAAGACGUCCGCGCUGCAGCGGGCAUGACCGAGGUGUCCGCCCCGCUCUCCUACAUACGUGUGUUCCUGGUUCUGAACAUCGGAGCGUUCUUUCUGCUGCUGGCGGUUCUGCUCACACAACUGCAGCGCGCGCCGAGCCUCCACACGCAGCGCUGCAUCUACUGUGUCCUGCUGCUCGACAGCUUCAUCCUGCUCGGCCUCUACUCAUCCUGCUCACGCGGGGACUGCUGACAUCAUCAGUGUGGGACAGAGAGAGGACUCGGGGUGGGGGGGGCUACAGUCUGGGGCAGUUAUAUGGGAUGCAGAGGGUGUGUGUGUGUGUGAAUGUAUCUAACAAAUGUGAUAAAUGUAUAUUGUAGGUGUAUAUUUUUGGGGUUUAUUUCGUAAUCUUUGCAAUUAAACAGCAGAUUCAGAAAAAUGUGUGUUUACUAGCAAAA